AAGGGCUGGACCUUCAGAGCCAGAGCCAGGGCCAAGGCGAAAACUGGGUAGUAUCUGCUCUGAUUCCUCAUUCAAGGAUUUUGAGUUCUUUGAAGCUGCAUUUGCUUGAUUGAUUCUCUGUUGGGAGACAAACUCUGUGAUCCCUUUUUGUCUGAGAUUCCCGUUCUAGAUUUGGUUUGUCAAAAAGAUUUGCCUCCUUUGAUGUCAAAACCUAGAAUUUUAGCUUCGGUUCUACUGCUUUUAUCAUAGAUUGUGGUCGACUGACUCUCUUAGAAUUGUCAUUUGGAUCUGCUUCUCUGAAUUGUGACCAAAAUGUCUGAAUCAAGACCAAAAACCCCCUUCAUCUCUGCAGCAUCAUCACAGAAACUACCCGAUUUUAAGCAGUCUGUGAAACUGAAAUAUGUGAAACUGGGCUACCAUUACCUAAUUACCCAUGGAAUGUACCUACUCUUAUCCCCCAUUAUGGUGGUUAUGGCUGCUCAACUCUCCACAUUCUCAAUCAAUGACCUCCAUGACCUUUGGGACCAUCUUAGGUAUAAUCUCAUAUCAGUGAUUUUGUGCUCUACCCUCCUUGUGUUUCUAUCAACCUUUUAUUUCCUCACCUGUCCUCGCCCUGUGUACCUUGUGGACUUUUCAUGUUACAAACCAGAAGAUGCUAGGAUAUGCACUAGGCAAACUUUUUUGGAGAGGACUCGAUGUAUAGGUACUUUCACUGAGGAAAACCUUGAGUUCCAGAGGAAAAUUAUUGAGAGGUCUGGUCUUGGGGAGUCAACUUAUCUCCCAGAAGCUGUUAUAAGGACUCCUCCAAAUCCUUGCAUGGCUGAGGCAAGGAAGGAGGCUGAAAUGGUGAUGUUUGGUGCUCUUGAUGAGCUCUUUGAGAAGACGGGUUUGAAACCGAAAGAUAUUGGGAUUUUGAUUGUGAAUUGUAGCUUGUUCAACCCAACACCAUCACUGUCUGCUAUGGUUAUUAACCACUACAAGCUUAGAGGGAAUAUUAUCAGUUUUAAUCUUGGUGGGAUGGGAUGUAGUGCUGGUUUGAUAUCGGUUGAUCUUGCUAAGGAUCUUCUUCAGGUCCAUCCGAAUUCCUAUGCUUUGGUCAUUAGCAUGGAAAACAUUACCUUGAAUUGGUACUUUGGGAAUGAUAGGUCAAUGCUUGUUUCAAAUUGCUUGUUUAGAAUGGGAGGGGCUGCAAUUUUGCUUUCAAAUAAGAGGACUGACCAGUGGCGAUCCAAGUACAGAUUGGUACACACGGUUCGAACCCACAAAGGUGCUGAUGAUAAGUGCUUCUCUUGUGUUACUCAACAAGAGGAUUCUACUGGGAGAAUUGGAGUUUCUUUGUCAAAGGAUCUGAUGGGAGUUGCUGGGGAUGCCUUGAAGACAAACAUCACAACCUUGGGUCCUCUAGUAUUGCCAAUGUCAGAACAGUUACUCUUCUUUGGCACAUUGGUUGCCAAGAAACUUUUCAAGAGGAAAGUGAAACCUUACAUUCCAGAUUUCAAAUUGGCUUUUGAGCAUUUUUGUAUUCAUGCCGGAGGAAGGGCAGUGCUGGAUGAAUUGGAGAAAAACUUGCAGCUUUCAGAUUGGCAUAUGGAGCCUUCCAGGAUGACACUUAAUCGAUUUGGUAAUACUUCAAGCAGCUCCCUUUGGUAUGAAUUGGCUUAUACAGAAGCCAAGGGUAGGAUGAAGAAAGGGGACAGAACUUGGCAGAUAGCAUUUGGGUCUGGAUUCAAGUGUAACAGUGCAGUUUGGAAGGCUCUACGAACGAUCAACCCGGCCAAGCAGAAGAACCCAUGGAUGGAUGAGAUCCAUCUCUUCCCAGUGGAUGUUCCAAAGGUUUCUUCCAUUUGAAGUUAUAGCAUUUCCUUGCAUCGCAGCGGCUCACUGUUUAUGGAAGCAUCACCCUCUUCACAGGGUGAUCAAGCAUUCUAGUCUCUGCUUUUGUGGUGAUGUAAUAAUGAAAAAUUCAUGGUGUUUCUCUCUUGAUUUUAUCAUCUCAACUCCUCUCUUCAGCAUAGGUAGCUGUCAAGGAGUGUGUAAUAGCAGUUGGAAACUUGAAGAUGCCAGUUUGUUUUAUUUAGUGUGUAUUUAUUAAGUUUAUUAUUAACAAGGCCCUUGGAUCUUUUCAUCCUUGUU